CACACUAUCUACAUCAAUGUAAAUAAAGACUUUGAUUUCUAUUCGUCCUUCUGGAGGCAGGCAAAAUGGCGAUCAUGAUACGUCACACCGUGCACACCAGCGCCAUCGUGCUGGUGAUGGCAGGCGGCGCGUCAGCCAGAGUCGCUGGCAAGAUGGGUGGCUACUCCAACAAGAAGGGUGGGAAGUCGACAAGCGGCAUCAACGAGGAGAUCAUUUGGAUUAGCAUAAGUAUGGCAAUCGCUAUAGCUGUGCUGAUAGCCAUAGCGCUGUGUUACAUAUUGAAGGAGAAAUGUAUGAAACGGAAAGCGUACCGGGAACAGUCAUGACGAUACCAGGAGGAGUUCGCGAAGCACGCGCUCGCGGACUCCCUCACUGACCUGGACUUCGAGCUGCCAGCCUACACUCUGUACCCACAAUACUCUCCCGACGGCAAAGAGUACUUCUACAACUUCCAUCGCUUCUCAUACAUAAGAAACAGCUUCAAAUUACCCCCCAAAGACUAUCCUAUCAAAAAUAAAGAAGACAUUUAUAUUAAUGCGUGAUAAUGUGUCGAGUUUAGAAACUGAUAAUUGUGUAUUUUAACCUAAUGUACCAUAUAGUUAAUGUGAAUGUUAUGUCUGUUUAGAUUAUAUGUAUAAACAUCGAAUGAUAGUGGAAUGGAUAUAAUGAUAUUUGUAUGAGCUCACUACAUAAAUAUGAAAACUAAAAAAGCUACCGUAUACUUUUAUAAGUUUCUGAAAUCUAUUUAACUUUUUUGAUAACUAAUUCAUUGUUUAUCAGUGGAAACAUUAACUAUAGCUUCCUUGUUUCACAUAAUUUCUUUUGUUCCGCGAAAG